UAAUAGUCGGACUUGACGUCGCGCUAAAGGGGCCCUUCCCUUUAGUCGGGGAAAGCGAGUUGUCCCGCACCGAUCCCAAAAUUUUCCAAUUUGUAUGGAACACCCAUAGUAAAAAUCAAUUAUUUUGAUCACCACUAGCCCAAAUCACCCUGAAAAUCAGUCAAAUUCAAUAGCAAUGGCUCGCCUAAGUAACCUCCCCAAUAAUGCACUCCUCCGCGAUAUGCCAGAGAGAGAUAAGCUCCAAGAGACUCCUGCGACUGCGGCACGCGCGUAUUGCAUACGAAAUAAAGAUACAGUAAAGAAAGCGUGGCAGAGAGAGAGGAAGAAGAUAGGAAUAGCGAGAGCAUUGAUUCAGUACGCGGUAUCAUACGCGAUUAAUGGAGGGAAAGGAGCUACAAAGCAAAUGAUAUAUAACUGUGCAAUGUGGAUGCAAACGGAGGAUAAUAAAAUAGCUCUAUCUUGGAAAUAGUUCUCUCAAUGGCUAAAGAGCACUCCAGAACUCCAUACGAUUAAGACGAAGCCUAUUGCGAGCCACCGUAUCGAUCUCCAUACCGAACAGAGCCUCCGCAAUUAGUUUGAGACUGAAUAUCGUCCGGUAUUAGAAGAAACUGGCAUAUGCCAUGGGGAUCGGAUACAUAAUAUGGACGAGAAAGGAGUACGAAUUUGUAUGCCUGCAGGAGAGGAAGUAGUGGUUCCAAUUGGAAUCAAGGAGAUAUAUAUAGGAAUACCAGAAAAUCGCAUAUCUCUUACGAUAAUUAAGUGCAUAUCUGCAGAUGGCAAGGCAAUUCCUCCGGUAGUAAUUGUCCCUGGAAUUAUGAUUAUGGUUUCUUGGUUCCACGAAAAUAUGACCGG